AUGCUCGCUAAUGCUAAUUCGAUCGCCUCCUCAUCUUCCAUGAAUAUUUCACAACCGCUGUCGUCAUAUGACAUUAAAGUGAUCCAAUAUAAGUCAGCCCUUUAUAGAUUAACUGAUUUAACUAAUUACCUUAGCCUGUUAUCGACCAGUUUACAAAAAAAUAAGACUCAACAAAUAAUUCCAUUAAUCAAUUACAUUCUAUCCCUAUGUGACGGACACCUUUUCAACGUUCAUCCUGUAUUAAGAAAACGAUAUUUAUUAUUAUGUGAAUUCAAACCAUGCAAAAAUUUAGAGAUUGUUCCAGCAUUAUCUACCAACUUUAUUGAGUUAGAAGUGGAAUUUCCCACGAUAUCCACUGACUUAGAACUGUUCAAGCAAAAAAUAUAUGAUAAUUCACUACAAUGGAAACUAUUGUACUCGUUACAAUCCCUAACUGAUAAUGCUACUAAGAUAUAUAAUAGAAAAUUAAGGCAAAUUCGUUUGGAAAGAACAACAAGAGGAUCUCAGCCCUUCGAUAUCAAUUGCGUAAAAGAUAUCCUUCAAUCAAAGGAAAUGAGCCUUUGUUUAGACUUUGCAGUUCUGAUUAGGGAUCCUAUCAAGGAUACCACUAAUAGAGCAUUUAUUAAGUUACAAUGGCAAGUAAUGGAUAAAGUAAUAAAAUGCAUACAGGAACAAGUUUUCCCUAUCAUCCGAAUAUAUAAUAACCAGCUACAGAAAUUUUCGAGGACGAAACUUCUCUCUGAUUUACCCUGUAGGCAAUAUUCGUUGCAUAGGGUAUAUGCUACAUAUUUAAGGUUAGCGAACAUAUUGGAUAUAAUGUUUAAUCUUAUUCGACAGAUAUAUCUACCCAAUAGAGAUAGUUUGCGAGAUUUAAGAUUCAAAUUGGUGACAAAGAAUGUGAUAUCAUAUGAGGAACUCUUGAAACAAUUAGAAUCGAUUUCAGAAGCAAGAAGCGUUCCAUUAAUGGAUGAAUUGUUGAAAAUUUUGGGUAGCUAUUCGAGAAGUGAUGUCGCCAUCUUUCACGUGGAAACUAUUGUCAUACUUGAAGAAUUCAAAAAAGGACUUUCUAAGAGUAUGCUGUUGGCAAGAAAAGUCUUAAGCUUAAUAACUCAAUGGUUGGAGAUGUGGAAAUUUGGAGUCAAUAAUAAGGAAGCUCUUGAUAAAAUCUCGAAUCUAAAUGAACGACAACUAAUGAAAUUUUAUAAUGAAAGAGUGGUGGUAGAUAAAUUAACUCACCUAGAAAAAAGAAAUGCAGCUUCGAAGAUUGCUAUUUCUGAGUGCUCCUCACCGUCACCGGCAAUGGAUGAUAAUAAGAUGCGAAGGCGACUUUCUGUGAGAGUUACAUCCUCUAAUGGUGCAUCGCCUCAAAAACUUUCUCCAUUGCAAAGAAGCAGAAGUUCCUCUAUUGAACAUGGUAGUAAGUUAAUAAUCUCACCCCUUGUGCGGUCUCAACACAAGAAGGAUUUGAGAGCACCUGAUCGUUCUUCUCCAACUAUUUCGAGGAAGGGAUCUAUCGUAGACCAGUUAACCAAAGGGACUAAUGAUGAUGGGGGAGUGCCUUCUCGAAUAAGGGGGAACCGUCCAAGAUCGUCCUCUUUACAGUCUUCAUUUACUCCAAAGAAGCCGACAAGACAAAGACCUCCUCCUGAAUCGAUUGCCCAGCGGUCGAACUCUUUGGAAGCCACGGCGACUUUGAAUCAAAGGAUGAUACAGAAUACUGUAAAACACUUAAUGGUUCGUCCUAAUAGUAAGAUAUCCAAGAUGAGCGAACGUAUUGACGUGAUAUCCCCCCCUCCAUCCAUUUCCAUAGCAAAUGCAUCAUCAACAUCGACAUCCUCCUCUAGUUCUUCAAAUCAAAGUUACUCCAGUACAUCAAGUAGACCUCCAUCUCCAAUGCGCAAAAAGAAUUUAACAACUCUGAACCAUUCCAGUGCUAAACCUUUAAAGGGGAAAUACAAGACUGAAGAGACUAACAAGGAGCCUUUGCCUAAUUUUGAUGCACUAACGCUAGACUUAGAAACCGAGAUAAAGGAGGAGGUAGCUGAUAAUGAAGAUGACAGUGAGGACAGUAAUACAACUACUGAGAAAAUUACCAAAAAGGUAAGAUUUGUUGGUGUUCCUGCGUUUCAGGAGGACGAAGACCCGAUACCCACAAGGAAAGGGUGGUACAAGAAACCCCCUGUUUUGUAUUAUCCACCUAUAUCCGCCCAAAAUUCCAUGCUUAUGAAGAUUCGAUUGAGACAGGAAGGUACUGCCUUCAAAACAAGCUUAAGGAAACAGAAUAAGGAUGAUGCUGACGAUGAGGGUAAGAGGGCUCCCGUUAUACUAAGCAUGAAUGAUGUUGCCGUGAAGGAGAGUCCGACCCGUCGGCUGGCAGCCAAGUUGAGAGAAAAGCUCAGAUAA